GGCGAUGGGGUCACGGCUGCAAGGGCCCGUUGACGAGGGAAACAAUGGCCUGUUGGUUAAAAUUUGAUGGAAUGCGACCAGUGAGAGCCCUACGGGCCCCAACCUUCUGCCAUGUCCUGCCAUGCCCUGCCAUGCCCUGGAUAAUCCGUCAGCAAAAGCCGUCUUGGCUCCCCUGCCAUGGCAGCCAUGGCCCCGUGUUCGGGACUGUCUCGUCGUCUGCAGUGUCGAUCCUCCCGGACUGCAGACAGGUUGAGGCAGACAGGGUGGGCCAGCACAAACCCCAGAAUGGCUCAACGGGCGCCCCCUCCCCAGCGCCUUGCGGCGUGCAGACAGGACAAGUAAAACAGGCCCGCUCUCCGCGUGGCAUUUCGUGGCAUUCCGGCAUCUUGCCCAUCUCUCUUGUCCGCUCCCUCUCCGGUGUUUUGACUUCUCUGUUGCUUGUUUUCCCCCCGUCCAUGAGAACCCGGGCUCGCUGAGAGCGGAGCCCACCCGACCAGCCGGGUCACCAUGGCACAAUUGCCCUCCGGGGCCGAGGGCGUCCUUUCUGGCGUCCUCGUGUGGGCUUUCAUCUGUCUACUUGCCAACCUGUUGAUGUUAUGGCUGCUUGCGCAGGGCAAGGAGAAGGCCAGCUAUCUCUUCUUCAUAAGCUCCGCGGCACUCAUUGCAAACAGCACGAGCAUUGCUCAGCUAUUCAUGCUCAUAAAUAAUUACGAGGACAUAAUGUGGGACAGGCUUCGAUACUUGCAGUACUUGGCCAAGGCGGGCAUUCCUGCAAUCGUUGCGUUGAAUUCCUACGACACAGGCGCGGAUAAGGUCCUAUCGUCAAUGAGAUGGGCUUGCUUCAACAUCGAGGCCGGCCUCGCCUUUUGCUGGAGUUUCAAAUUGAUGCAGUCCGUCUAUGGCCUAGCAGAGUCUCCCUCAAUGAGACGUCCGCUUGUCUUGAUCAACCGAAUUGGCAAGCCGGUAGUUAUAGUCCUCCCUAUCAUCCAGGCUGGUCUUCUACAAUUGGCCCCCUUGAAGAAGUCUGCUUUUUGGUAUUGCUUUACUGCAGAUGUUCUUUACGUGCUCUCAUGUCUAGGGGGUCUCUUCAUGCUCGGGCUCAUUUUCCUGGAGUACAUCCAGACACGAAUGCUCCUCCGGAAGAUCCAAACCUCAGGGGCCAAGUUUGGCAGCCUUCAGCAGAGACCAAGCUCCAUACAUGAUAGAUGGUUGGUGGUGAGGGUGACUGUUCCUAUGGUUUUCCUCAGUGCCUUCGAGGGGUAUAAUAUCUUUGUCCAGCUGAACUAUAACCACAUGGACAUUUCCGACUCUCUCACCACGGAGCCGGACCUCUCAGCCAGCAAGGCUCAAACCAUCAUAGCAUCAUUUAUACCGGGAUGUGUGGCAGGUCUUUUCCUCCUCAUUUGUUUCGGCACAACACGCCAGUUCCGGAGGAAGCUGUACAAGACUUUCGUACCGAUAAGGUUCCAGCGAGCCAGAUCAGAUCAGUCAAUGACCUCCUCGAGGGCAUCCUACGCGGCAAUGGACGACGAUCCGGGUGUGUUGUCUCGUCAGAGGAGAUUGUCAAUGGAGAGGAAGAUGGAAAUUCAGGUGACUACGGAGGUGGAGAUUAAGCUGGAGGUACUUGACAAGCCUGCGCCAGUGGAGUACAGUGCUGAUUCACACAACUGGGAUGAUGUUUCACCAAUACUACCCGGUCGGAGUCGGGGCCAUGGAGGUGGCAUGCUUCAUUUAUGAGUACAGCAAUGAUACUAAGUAUGAAAUUAUCAAACUAUGAAUAUUGGUGUA